CAAGAAUGUAUGAUUUUCGAUAUGGGCAUCUCUGGAAGAUUAGGGGUUCUACUAUUUAAAAGCUUAACUAUUGUAUGCAUCUAUCACCUCCUGUCUUCCUGACCAAUUACCUUUGUUGCACCUGCAUCACCCAUACAUCAUGUCCGGCCUCAAUUUCAAUCCCGACGAAGAGAUCCCCGACCUCAGGGGGAAAUCUAUCUUCAUCACGGGUGGAACCAACGGUCUCGGCGCUCAAUCAGCCAUCCACCUAGCCAAACACAAUGCAUCACACAUCUACAUCAGCGGUCGCAACGCCCAAAGCGCCGAUAAGAUCAUCGCCCAGAUCCGUGACACCGGUUCAGAAACCAAAGUUCAAUUCAUCCAAUGCGACUUGGCAUCUCUCUCCUCCGUCAAAGAAGCAGCCGAACAGUUCGUGUCUCAAGCACCGACACUAGACAUCCUGAUGUGUAACGCCGGUAUCAUGGCCAAACCACCCUCCCUGACAACGGACGGCUACGAAUUGCAAUUCGGCACGAAUCAUCUCGGCCACGCGCUUCUCGUUAAGAAAUUACUACCUCUCCUUGAGAAAACGAGUACCGCCGGUGGUGAUGCGCGCAUCAUCACCCUCACGUCCGAGGGCAUGUUCCUCCAUCCCAAGGGCGGAAUCGUCUUCGGCGAUCUGAAAACCGUUCAGGAUUUCUGGAUCGGCGGGCCAUGGAGACGAUAUGGCCAAAGCAAAUUAGCCAAUAUGCUCUAUGCCCGCGAAUUAGCCCGACGAUACUCCGAUAUCACUUCUGUGUCCGUUCAUCCCGGAGUCGUGUCGACGGAAUUGGUUGGAAACUCUAGAUUAACGGACCGAGCUCUUAUAUACAUUACCAAUUUGGGGAAUGUACUCAAACCAGAGCAGGGGGCGUAUAAUCAGGUAUGGGCGGCGACAACGCCAAGGGAGAAGUUGGAGAAUGGGUUGUAUUAUGAGCCUGUGGGAAAGUUGGCGCAGAAGAAGCUGGACAAGACGGCGAGGGAUGAUAAUUUGGCAAGGAGGCUGUGGGAGUGGACCGAGGAGGCUUUGAAAGAGUAUUGAUAGGAAUUGUGGAUAUUUGACUUGCGAUCGGGGGCUUGUGCUUAUACUAUUUUGAUUUACCUAGUUAUUUCGAUCCUUUGAUAUCAACUAAUCCA